AGUCGAUGCGCACACGCCACGCACUCCGGACGUUCUGUCGCUUUCUCGACGAUAAACUUCGAACAAUCUUUUCAGAUUAUCAACCUCGUAUUUAUAUUUAGUUUUCAUUCAUUAAUUAUUAUCUAUUGACUAAUUUAAAAUACUACCGAUUUUUAAAUAACUUUUUUUUUUUUUUUUUUUAUUAUCAAAGUCAGAGUUAAAAUUUUAUUUACAUUAAUGUGUGUCGGGAUGUGGUUUUUUGAUAUUAUUUAAAUGAUUUUGUGACAGUUUAUGAUACAAAUAAGUAAUAAAUUAUAUUUAGAUUAAUAGUAAAUCGAGUGAAAAACUUAAUUAUGUGCAUGUAAAAAUUUUGAGUGCUGUUAUUUCGGAGCAAUAAGAUAAAAUUAACAAGAAGUAGAGGAGCGUCCCAGUGGAAAAGCACGCGGCAGCAAACUCGCCCGACGUGCGCGCUCCUUCAAAGAGGAUUUUCUGGAAAAAUUUUCCCAGAUGCGUUCACCGGGGAUAAAUUCCAGUGGGGGUGUUAGCGGAAGUGGAGGGGGUGGUGCUGGAAGCGGUGGUGCUGGUAACACCAGUGGUGUUACGACACGAGCUGCAUCACCCUCAUCACCCCGCACACCACGUGAAAAAACUACCCCUAUUACUAACGAUAGUCUUGAAAAAAAUCCUCUACGUGAUCUUCAUAUACAUGUAAGACAAGUUCAGCUGGCUUUACUGCAUUUUCGUGAUGUUGUGUCGAAGAAAAAGUUGGAAAUGUUACCAGGCAAUGGCACCAUUGUUUUAGACACCGUUACAACAAUACACACUGUACUAAAAUCUUAUCUUCUCUAUGAGAAUAGUUCAACUUUGGGCUCAGCCACAAAUCAAGUUUACCAAGCCCUAGCACAACUUCUAAAACUUUGUGACGACGUGCUGUUGCACGGUGAUCAAUCUGCUCCAUGCCCGGCUUUAGAUACUGAAAACGUGACCCAUGUUAUAGGAUUAGUUGAGGAUGCUGUUAAGAAUUUAGUUAGUUUGGCACAUGAGAAAAUAACUAAUCGACAAAAACCAACACCCAUUACAACUAACAACAGAACAUCAGGUUACGGUACAGAAUUAACGUCUCAACGGAAUUCACUUCCUGACAUUCCACUAACACCACGAGAAAGACAAAUUCUCGAACAAACAGCGGCUUCAAGUACGUUAGUACGUAGUUCCCAUAGCUCUGAGUCAAUCCUGAGGGAUUCUAGUCCACCACCAAAACCACCACUUCCAGACAGGACGAAUAUAAGUCUGUCAGAGGAGAAUAGUUCUUCAACACCACCACCUCUACCACCAAAAAGAAGAACACGAGCUCAGCAAUUGUUGGACGAGUCAGAUGGUUUCUUGGCAUCAAGCCUCGACCGGUGUUCAUUAAGAAGCCGGUCUCCUGAGGAUUCUUCAUCGCUUCUCAGUGCGUCCGCAGGAAGUCUAGACUCUGCGUUAAAUCACUCGAGGGACGAAGAUGAAAUCCGCGCUAUUAUGGGCCCUAAUAACGAGUCUUUGAACGACAGCAUGGAUUUAAGUUUGAUGGCAACUAUUCACGGUCUACAAUUAAACGGAACAAACAAUUGUACUGGAUGGGAUGGUUCUGAAACAAGUAUACCGAGUACAAUGCUGUUGGGUCAGCAAACACCACAAGAUAUAAACCCAUUCACAACUGGUAUUGAAGGAAAAAUAGAAAGACUGUCUACACAAACCCAAGAAUCGGGUUUUGUGUCAAUGCACUCACAACGUAGUUCAUCGCAAAGUUACACCACGAGCUCAAGCUUGACAUCAAAAAGAUCCUCUCAACAAAGUAGUGUCAGUUAUAAUUCACAGUCUUAUAACUCGUCUAUGUCUCAGCACCAACAGCAGACGUCAUUUACCCAGCAAAAAAUUUCCACAGACACCGAGAACUCGAUCGUGACGCACAAAACAACGUCCCAUAGUUCAACAAAAAAUACUAUCACUACAACCAGUUUAAGUGGCGAUACUGACACCGCAUUGCUGGAAAAAUUGGUAAAUGAAAUAGAAGCGUUGGAUUCAAAUGGAAUACCACCAGCUUUACCAGAGAAACGAUCAAAGAAACGUAAAGAGCGUUUGCCAUCACAGUACGACAAUGUACCAGAAAAUGAACACUUAUCAACCUGCAGUCUACACACAAGCUCGAGUGACAGCCCAGACGCAAGUAAACCACCGCCUUUGCCUCUCAAGAAACGUCACAUGUUCCAAUCAGUGGCAUAUUCCGUAAUGGCAUACAUGGAAAUGUUUGGAAACUGUUCGCACAGUACGAACGAUUUUAUAUCCGGGCUCGGCACGCGACAUUCCGUAGCUGCUUAUAAUUCAAUGCAAGCUGAGUGGCAACAGCACGAAAUGUCUCUUACCACAACUCAAUCUUGUUCUUCAAUGGUUCACACUUUAACUAAUUUACACGAUGGAACAAGCAUAUCAAUCAGUAUGAGCCCAACGAUGAAAGAAAUGGCAAAUUCUAGUCUACCACCAGCAUUACCGCCAAAAAGAUCCCGAUCCAUUAGAACGAACAUGACGCCCCCGCCGAUAUCACCAAAGCCCGCGUCUGUUAGUAUUCAUGGUAUACGUACACCAGAUCCAGUUAUAACAUCUACCCCCGUUAAAGAAAUAAAAGAGGAACAAGUCAUGAUAGCUGGCAAGAAGGAUAAUGUAUCUCCGUUACUUGCCUUGAAUAAUAAUAACAUCAAUAGCAACAAUAAUAAUAGCAAUCGUAAUAACAUUAUCAAUAAUAACAAUAAUAACAACAAUAAUAAUAAUAAUAACAAUAAUUUGACAUUGGACUCGCGAUCAUCAUCAAGACCAGCAAGUAAUGCGCUUUCCUCAAUUUCCGUUGAUGAAAAUACGUUAGAAUUGAGGGAUAUUGAUCAGGAUGAUGGGAUUCUUGAGGAAUUAGACAUUAAUAAAUAUCUAGUCUUUAAAAAACCUGAAGAAGAUGGCCCGGAUAUUAGAGGCGGUCAUCCGGAUGCUCUAUUAAUUCAUGCUACUAAAGCUAAUAAACAUGAUGAAAAAGAAUCAGAUUUCCUGUAUCAGGAAGCAUUUUUAACGACAUAUAGAACAUUUAUGUCACCAUUAGAACUUAUUCAAAAAUUACAUAAACGUCAUCAGAGAUUUUCGUGCUCAGGUGAUAUUGUUAAACAACGAGCAGCACGUGAGGCUUUUUCAUUACUCGUACGAGUUGUCAGUGAUUUAACUAUGUCUGAUUUAGAUGACGUAUUACUUCAAACAUUGAUGGAGUUUGUUCAACAAUUAGUUUGUGGCGGUGAUUUAACAAUGGCGAAAGCAUUGAGAGUUAAAAUACUUGAGAAACAUGCAUUGAAACAAUUACAAUCAGCUCAACCAAUUUUAUCAUCACUCAGUGUAUCAACAAAACAAGCAUCACUACUUGACUUCAAAAGCGAACAAAUUGCUGAACAAAUGACUCUACUUGACGCUGAAUUAUUUAUGAAAAUAGAAAUACCCGAAGUAUUAAUUUGGGCGCAAGAACAGAAUGAAGAGCGCAGUCCAAACUUGACCCGAUUUACGGAACACUUUAAUAAAAUGUCUUAUUGGGCACGAUCACGAAUUCUCGAGCACCGAAUGGAAAAUGAAGCCAAGGAUCGUGAGAAAUACGUUGUUAAAUUUAUAAAAAUAAUGAAACACUUGAGAAAAAUAAAUAAUUUCAAUAGUUAUCUCGCUUUAUUGUCAGCACUUGACAGUGCUCCAAUAAGACGUCUCGAAUGGCAAAAACAUAUUACUGAAGGUCUUAAAGAAUAUUGUGCUUUGAUCGAUAGUUCAAGUAGUUUUCGGGCAUAUCGACAAGCACUUGCUGAAACACAACCGCCUUGUAUACCUUAUAUUGGAUUAGUACUUCAAGAUUUGACUUUUGUGCAUAUUGGUAACAGUGAUUUAUUACCAGACGGUACUAUCAAUUUUUCAAAACGAUGGCAACAGUUUAAUAUUGUAGAAAACAUGAAGAGGUUUAAGAAAGGGACAUAUUCAUUCAAGAAAAAUGAGCGAAUCAUAACAUUCUUCAAUAACUUCAGUGAUUUCCUUUGCGAAGAAGCCAUGUGGCAAAUAUCUGAGAGCAUAAAACCACGUGGAGGAAAAAAACCACAAUCACAAAACUAAAUCAUCAUCAAUUAAAAAAUCAACCACUGAAUCAAGAACCAACAAAUCCAUUAAAUGUAAAUCAAUCACCGCACGUCAUUUAAUCUAAAAAAAAAUCAAAAGAAAAAAAAAAUUCUAA